CCAAAUUUAGCUGCAGAGAAACCUUCUCCCACUAAAAUUCACCAAAACUUCCACUAAAAUUCAGCUGUUUGCUCAACUGAAAAGCCGCUUCCCCCACAUAAAUAUACUCUGUUCCACCUGUGGUUGUGGAGCAGUCAUAAAACGGAGCAUACCCUCUACUACGCAUUUUUGCAUAAAUAUCACUCUCCGUUCUCCAUUCCUCCCAUCUUUCCAUCAAUGGCGUCUUCCUCGUAUCUGUCCCCUGUGAUUCUGGGUUUGUUGGUUCUUCUUCUGCAAAUCCACUCUUCACAUUCUCUCACCUGCUCGUCUCAGACUUUCACGAGUAACAGGCUCUUCCAGAACUGCAACGACCUGCCUCACCUAAGCUCCUACCUCCACUGGACCUACGACUCCUCUAAUUCGUCUCUGAAAAUUGCGUUCGUCGCUCCUCCGGCGCAACCGGAAGGAUGGGUUUCGUGGGCGAUAAACCCAAAGAGUACUGGGAUGGCUGGAAGUCAGGCGUUGAUUGCGUACCAGGCAAAUGGGUCGGUGGUGGUGGACCAAUACGACGUGCAAUCGUACCAAUCGGUCGAUAAGACGAAGAUCUCGUUCGAUCUGUGGGACGUGACGGGUGAGUAUUCUGAUGGGGUGAUGAGGAUCUUCGCUACGUUUGCGUUGCCGAAGAACAUGACAACUCUGAACCAGGUUUGGCAAGUUGGGGCUUCUUUGUCGGGUGGGGUGCCGGCUGCUCAUGCUUUCAAGGCCGAGAAUUUGAACUCCAAGGGUACGCUUGAUUUGAUGGCAGGGACCAGCAGUACCAGCUCGGGAGGGGAUUCUAAGCUCACCAAGAGAAAUGUUCAUGGUAUACUGAAUGCUGUGAGUUGGGGAAUUCUCUUUCCUGUUGGUAUCAUCAUUGCAAGGUACAUCAGGACAUUUCAGUCUGCUGAUCCAGCCUGGUUUUACCUUCAUGUAUCCUGUCAGAUCAUUGCUUAUGGUCUUGGAGUUGCUGGAUGGGCUACUGGUAUUAAGCUGGGGAACCAACCAAAAAGGAUACAAUACACUGCUCAUCGGAAUCUUGGGAUUGCUCUCUUCUCUUUCGCAACCUUGCAGAUGUUUGCAUUGUUCCUGAGACCCAACAAGGACCAUAAGUACCGCUUCUACUGGAACAUCUACCACCAUGGAAUUGGCUACACCAUCCUUGUACUUGGCAUCACCAAUGUGUUUAAAGGUCUUGACAUUUUGGACCCUGCUCACAAGUGGAAAACAGCUUACGUAGUUGUUCUCAUUGUGUUGGGUGCAAUUGCUCUACUGUUGGAAGCUAUUACAUGGAUUGUAGUCUUGAAGAAGAAGUCUGACAAGUCCACAAAGCCCUAUGAUGGAACGAAUGGUGCAGAUGGCAGGCGGCAGCCUCUUGCAGCAUGAUCAUUUAGUGCAUUCGUCUGUUGAUUCUGCUUUCCCCUCAUUCUGUGUAUAUUGGCUAUAGUUUUAGAUUCUUUAGAAUACACAAAUGGUUAAAAGCCUUGAGUUAUUUUUGCUUAUUUGUGUAAGGGUUUUACUGCUUCAGAUGUGUGUAUGUUUUCCAUUACUACAGAUAGAUGACUAAGAGUUUCUUUUAGCUAUUGGAAAUCAACUUUGCACUCUCAAUUUCCUC